AUGAAAUGGUGUCAGCCAUUAUAAAGAAGUAGUGAACGGUGAAAUUUGUAUUUAGAAAAGUCAUGAGUUAUUAAAAAUACUAGGAUAGCAAUGUCAUGAAUUAGGAUGCGGAUUACGAUUUUGUUGGACCCUGGGCUACAAACAUUAACAAGUCAAUCUUGUACAUAAGAACCGGUAUAUUAUAACCAAAGAUGGCAGAGGGAACUGGUAACGGCCCAAAAUGGGGCAGUUUGUACUCAACAUUACGGCAAGUUAAAGGCGCUGAACAUCUGAUAGCUGGCAUGAGUGGUGGGGUGAUAUCAACGUUAGUCUUACAUCCUCUAGAUUUAGUUAAAAUACGAUUCCAAGUAAAUGAAGGGUAUGAUGUAAUUGGUAAAAGACCUCAGUAUAAAGGAAUAUUCCAUGCAUUAAAAUCUAUAGCCAAAUCUGAUGGGGUCGUUGGAUUAUAUCAAGGAGUCACACCUAAUGUCUGGGGAGCUGGAAUCUCAUGGGGGUUUUAUUUUUUCUUUUACAACAGGAUUAAAUCAUGGAUGCAAGAUGGUGACAGUAAAAAAAAUGUUGGACCAGCUAGACAUAUAUUAGCUGGCACAGAAGCUGGCUUUGCAACUUUAGUUUUAACCAAUCCAAUCUGGGUAACGAAGACUAGAUUAUGUUUACAAUAUGAAGGGACGGCAUUAUCCGGUACUGCUACUAGAUCAUCUCAACAUUAUAAGGGCAUGAGUGAUGCUUUAAUAAAGAUAUAUUCCACUGAGGGUGUUAGGGGGCUUUAUAAGGGUUUUGUUCCGGGUGUAUUUGGUAUUUCCCAUGGUGCCUUACAGUUUAUGGCGUACGAAGAAAUGAAGACGUGGUAUAACAAUAGACGUAAUUUGCCUCUAGAUUAUCGAUUGACCUCAUUGGAGUAUGUGACAUUCGCAGCUUGUUCCAAAAUGUUUGCUGCAGUGGCUACGUAUCCUUAUCAAGUUUUACGGUCCCGCUUACAAGAUCAACAUCGUAAUCACAAAAAUGUACGAGAGGUUGUAAAAAAUAUUAUCAAGUACGAGGGAUUUCCUGGUCUGUAUAAAGGAAUAGGUGUUUAUCUGUGGCACGUGACACCUAAUAUUUGUAUCGUCUUUCUACUUUACGAGUACAUCACGAAUUGGAAACCCGCCACACCAGACUUAGUUGCAGAGACAGAUAUAUGAACGGUUUUAAUAUAAUUGAAUUUACUAUUGUUAUCUUUAUUAACCCUUUUCAUCAAAUAGUUGAUCUCAUAUUUUACAAAGUUAGACUGUUUGGAGGGAAGGGUCUUAAAAAAGUUCAGAUCAGCAAAUCAACUGACAUACUGGAAUUUGAUGUGAAUAGAUUGAUUUAGCAAUCAAUUGUUUUGAAAAAAAAAUUAUAUAACGUUUGAGAUUACUUAUUUAAUGACUUUUGUAUAUUAGAUUAAUAAUAAAAUAUGAGAUUUGAUAUUUAAUGUUAAGGGCUAUUUAUUGAGAUUCCAAUAUUACUGUAAUGUAAAUACGGCUCUUCAUUAGUAAUUUUGCUAGUCGGACAUGAUUUUUAAAAGUCAACACUGAAAUUGUUUUUUCAGUCAACUCAAAGCCUAUAAAUCUUGUAUUUAUGUAGAUUUGUUAUCCAAUAUUGUACUUUGCUCAACGAAUUUUUGACAUUCUAUCAAAUUAUAUUUAUUGACCAGGUGACAGAUAUCUUAACUGGUCAAUUUGAUUGUCAGUCCAGUCAAGACUUGUGGAUUCUAAUGAAUUUAAGAGUCUUAAUAUUAUAGUGAUGUUUUAUUAAGGCGGCUAUGUCAUGCUCACUGUUGUUUUUUUUAAACACAACAUUCGAUCAUAUCGAGGCCUGGAAGUAACAAUUGUUGCUGUUGAAUAUGUACUCAAAACCCGAAUUUAAAAGAGAAGUCGUAGUUUACGAUGGUUCUUUGAAGAAAAAAGUAUGUUUAAACAUUCAAGCUAAAUAUUACUAUUUGAAGAAAGAGACUCUUAGCCUUAUUUGGAAGUGCCAGCUGUAUGAAAAUGAUAGCAAAAACAGUUCUAAGAGCUUUUCACCCUGAAUUAACCAGAUAUAUUCACUGAAACCUAUCGAGGAUUUCUCCUCUGAACUGUGGCAUUGUCAGUGACAGAAGAAUUAUUUUCAGGCUUAAAAAUAUCAUCUUUGUUGAAAACAUUCUAGAUAAUUUAUCAAAUUUAAGAAACGUUGCUCAUGAGAUGUCAACAACUUUGAUUAUGAAUCAAUAAAAGCAUGUUAAAUAUCGCACAAUUUCAGAUCAUAAUUAAAGACGGACUUGCUGCAAGAUAUUACUUUCAUCACUCGUGUAGAAAUAAUUUAUCUUUUUGUGUGUAGAAUAACUAGUACGUCAAUACCCAUGUAUACUGGUGUAACAUUUCCCUGUGACAAGCGAGAAAUUCUGUAAGAUUUGUUAAGGGGUACCCGGUAAUGUACUGGUUUUGUUAGAAAUAAUUGGAAUGUUGAAUAAAUGCUAGUCUUCAGAAAAAAGAUUUACUCUUUUUCAAAAAUAAUAGAUCCUAUCCUAUUUUGAAAGUGAACUCAUCCAUUUGACAUCACAAAUUGUAAAUAUAAAUAUACUGUAUCAGUUCACUUUCAAGUGAGGGGCGUGUUUGAAUUGAAAUUGUCAAUUUUAUAACCAUUAUUUAAGAUACAUUGAUAUUAUUGUUCAGAUUAUGCAUAGUUAUAACCAAAAUGCAGCAGAUUGAAUUUAUAUGUAUAUCAUUCCAAUUAUGUACCAUUCAAUUAUUUGUACAACUGAACCCAGUUGUAUAACACUUAUUACUUUCAAUGACAUUUGACAACAAUAGGACAUUCCGGAUUUACAGUUGUCUUCUUUGUCACGGAUAAUACUUAUUCUUUACAAACCCAGAGUAUUAUGUAAAAUAAAAAAAAACUGGCCUUGGGUUUCUAAGGAAGAUCUACAUGUAGUGUUAUAUGUUGGGUAAAGUUAUACACCUCACUGUUUUAAUAAAUAUCAUGUUUAAAUUAUAAAUAUGGUAUAAUUGUACCUGUCUGUGAUGUGGUUUAUUUUAAAGGAGCUAAACUUCUUUGAUAUAUAGGUAAAAAUAAAAUGUAAUUGAAUUGGGUUGAUCUGAUUUGAUAUGUUAUUUUGAUAAGUAAUGGGACUAGCUUAAUACAAUUAAAUUUUUGCUUUUGACAGAUUAAGCAAACAUAAAUUGUUUACUAAUUUUAGUUUCAUUUUUGGCAUACUGUGUCCACAGUGGAUUAUAAAAUUGGUUAUAUCUCAUCUCUUAUAUACCAUGUUUAAACUAUAAAGAUAUAUAGUGGAUUGUUUAUUGUAUGCUAAUCUUAUGGUUUUAUCAUAGGAUGUUCCAAUUUACUCACUUUAUUACAUCUUGUGGUCAUUUUUAAAAUAUAAAGAGUAACUAUUUAAUCAACUUCUCUUGAGACAAAGGUUUUAAGGUCAAUGAGACAGUGCUAUACAUCAUGGGGCCUGUCAUUGCGUCACGUCAUGUGGUUUUGAUCCAGAACUUUGUUGGUUUUCUCGGGUUAGUGUGGAUUUUCAAUGUAUUGAAUCUCUGUGGCAUUGAUACGUGUCGUGGUUAGUGAUAUCUAUGGUAACUUGCUUGUAAAAUAUAUGUAUAUGAAUUUGUAUCCUGAUAUCUGAUUGGUUAAUUUCUCUGGCUGUCAAAGACCUCGGCAAAGAAAUGCAGAGGCAUGCACUCAAUUAUUAUAAAAACAUUUACAUUCAAGUUAAAGUAAUUUUUUUUUUCUUUUCAAUCAUUUUAUCAUCAGAAAAUAUGGAAACAUAGUUACCGGAGACAAUUGUCUUAUAUUAAAGAAGUCCUUUCAAUCAUUUUGUCAUUGCCAUGAUAAUAGACAUGUUAUUGUUAAUAUAUUUGUAUGGAAGGGAGGUAAUUUGGAUGAGAGUUGAAUGGAUGUUGUAAAAAUGAAAAUAUUUUAUUGUAAGAAUUUAACUGCCUUGAAUUUGAUAUUGCAUCUGAAAAAAAAUAGCUGAAAUUGAAUUAAUGUGGGAAAAUGCUUGGGAUGCGAAAAACUUUGAUUGUUGUUGCAAGAAAAAUUUUGUGGCAUAAAGUGGGUAUAUGGUGGUCUUCGUUCAAUAUUUUGGGGUUGGAUGCUUUCCUAGUACAUUUUUUUUUUUUUUUUUUUUUUUUAGAAAUUUAAUAAUCAUUUAUUUAGUAAACUAAACUUCUAAUGCUAAACUUACUAAAGUCUGUAAUACAAACAAAUAGAAAGAAAGUAAGAUCUGUACCCAAAAUAAAUAGAGAGCACCAGUCUUUCAUAGUUACCAUGCCUUAAUCUCAAAUACUAAAUCAUCUUACUAGUGAAACGUUUUAGCAUAAGGUUUUUAGAAUGGAAAAUCUAAUUAUUUACGAUACAAUAUUAUUUAUGUCAUUUAUAAAGUGUGCUCUGUUGUAGGGAAUCAAAUUUCAAUAUCCCACCCCCUCUGUUGCAGGGAAGGGGGGUUGGGUGGCCGAAUGGUCAACGCGCGUUGCAUCAUAAGAUCAGUCAUUGAGUCAAGUGGCAUGUUUUUUAAUCCCCGCUUGUACAUGAGAAAGUGUAAGGUCGCCUGUCUAACCUUGUGGGUUUUCUCCGGUUUCCUCAUACUGCUAAAGACCCCUACUUACAAGUGAAUUUAUGAAAUAAAAAAUUGAACAAUAUGUUAGUCCCGUAAUGGUCUAGUUUGUGUCAAUUCAAUAUCUUCCCCCCUUCCCCUGCUUUCCAUUUAAUUUGCUUAAGUAAACAUCUAGCUUGAAAUUGUAAAGUAAAGCCAAUAUUAUUAUGUUUUGACAUAAUUUAAUUUUGUUUGGUUUUUUAAUUGUUGAGAUAUAUUCUUUUUUCCUUAAUAUUAAUUUAUCUUUUGUUGUUUCAUCUAAUUUAUUUGUGUCUUUAUUUUUGAUCAUUAUUUUCUCUUUGGUUUUAAUACCAUUUAUGAUAUUAAAGGUCCAUCAUUCAUAUGGAAAACACAUGGGUCACAUCCAUUUAAAAUGAGUUAUCUAUAUGUGAAUUAAUAAUUGUUGUGAAAACUGCAUUUGGACUACAACCUAAAAUAUAUAUUGUAUAUUAAAUAUUGUCAUGUACAGUAAUUUUUGUCCAUCCCUUUGGUUUUCUCUCACUGGUAAAACCCCUUACGUUCAAGCAAAUUAUUAAAGUAAAUAUUUAAAUAAUGUUCGUCUUGAAAUAACCUUAUUUGUAUGGAGUGAGUGUUUAACACUAAUUUAAUUUGCAGUUAAUAAAGGGCAAAUAAUUGUAAUUUUACUAUCCUGAUAUGACAGUGUUCAGAUACCUUUCAUAGAACUUUAAAAAAUGUGGCUAAAUCUAGCCCAGUGUUUUAUUUGUAAAUUCAUUUGUACAGUUGAAAAAUAUUGUUUAUACUAUAUCCUUUGUUAGAUAUACACAUGUAUAUACAUACUAUUAAUCAUCAUCAGUCAAAUUUGUUAUCAUGUAUUUAAUUGUUGGUUAAACCAUAAUAUGCCGAUCAAUUCCCAAACAUAUUAUUUUAUACAUUUUUGUGGAAAAUUUAAUUGCUGUACGUUUAAUUGCAUGGUGUAUUAUACCUGACAAAAUGUGUAUACUAGCAUUACAUAUUUUGGCAGAUAUGGCAAACCAUACAACUAAAUGUAAAUCAAUUGUGUGUAUUGAUUAUGGUUAAUCAUAUCCAAUUAUAUCUCUGAAACCUAUUUGAUCUUGUUCACUUGCCUACUCUGGUUUGCUGACAAUAAAAUCACUGUAGUCUUCAGUAUACAAUUUAUGGGGUUAAGUUCAAUCCAAUACCAAAAUUAAUUUGUCAAGUCUCUUUAUAUUUUUCCUGUGGACAAAUUUUUCACUAUUUGAGAAUAGAGUUCUGCGGGAAAGAGUGAUUUGGCUAUCAGUGACCCAGAUGUACAUGUAUGAUUUGGCAAGUUAAGACUGUUAGGUUUCUGAUAAUAAAAUAAUGAGAGAUGAGUGGAGUAAGAUGGUUGAAUGAGGAGUACUUAAGGGUAAUCUCCAUAUAUGUUAUCUUUUAUUACAUAUUUACAGUGGUAUACAUUAUACACACUACUUACAGGUCGACAAGACAUGUCUAUCUAUUUUUAUUCGCUUAAAAAAUAACAAAUAAAUGUGGGGAGAGACAA